AUGACACUCACUCUCAUCAAGCUCGGCGGAGCUGCUUCAGAUAUCACCGUCUGCAAGACAGGUCAUGGUUUGAUGAUGAUGACAUGGACGCCCACUCCAGUCCCAGACGAGCAAUGCUUUGAGGCUAUCAAGGCUGGCAUAGAUCGUCUGCCCGCUGGUGUCAAGAUGGUUCUCAAUAGCGCCGAGUUCUACGGAUACAACCCGCCGACUGCGAACCUUGAAUUGCUCUCCAGAUUCUUCGAGAAGUAUCCCACCUAUGUCGACAAAGCGUUCCUUGUUGUGAAAGUGCGUGCUUUUCAACCUCAAAACCUUCGCAGGAGCGUUGAUGAGUGUAACGCCAAGCUCCGUGGCAAGAAGAGAAUAGACGUCUUCGAGUGUGCUCGCUUUGAUCAGUCGAAAUGGACCGUCGAGGAGACUAUCAAGAGCUUGUUGAUUCUUCGUGACGAGGGGAAGUUCGACCAUAUCGGAAUAUCUGAGUGCAGCGCCGCCUCCGUCAGGCGUGCAUCAGCAGUAUCUCCGAUAUUGACCGUCGAAAUUGAGGUUAGCCUUUGGUCUUACGAGGAAGAGACGAAGAGAGUAAUUGCCGCUUGCAAGGAGCUCGAUAUUAACGUGCUUGCUUACUCACCUCUCGGAAGAGGAUUCUUGACGGGACAGAUCACAAAGCUUUCCGACCUCCAGGAGGGGGACCUUCGCACUUUCUUGGGCCGCUUCACCGAAGAGAACAUCAAGGAGAACCUCGCCCUCGUCGAAGACUUGAAGGCCAUAGCCGCUAGGAAGGGUGUUACCCCCGCCCAGCUGGCCAUCGCUUGGGUUCACUCGCUCGGAUCUCACAUCAUCCCUAUCCCUGGCUCCUCGAAGCAGUCGCGUACGUUGGAGAACCUUGCUGCAGGAGAAGUCGUCCUCGCAGAUGAAGAUCUUAAGGAGAUAGACGCUCUGUUUGAGAAACAUAGUAUUCGAGGGUCCCGAUACAUUGAGGGUGUUCCCGAUACCGAGCAGUACCUCUGGGGCUGA